UUCUUUCUCCUCCAAAACCCCACCAACCUUUUCUCGACGCCAUGGCCAAAAGCCUCACAAAACUAACACUCAUUUUCUUCUUCGCAAGCUAUGCCGCUGCAGAAACACCCAGUUUCGCUCGAAAUAUAUCUCCUUCAUCGCUUGGACUCAAAGAAGAGAAGCUAAGCCACCUCCACUUCUACUUCCACGACAUUGUGAGCGGCCCCAACCCUACUGCUGUGCGAGUGGCGCAGGCCACCACCACAAAAACGUCCCCGACAGGGUUCGGAGCCGUGGUGAUGAUGGAUGAUCCGUUGACGCUCCAGCCAGAGAGUGGCUCGACACUUGUGGGAAGAGCGCAGGGAAUUUAUGCGUUGGCGUCGCAGGAAGAAGCGGGGCUGUUGAUGGUAUUGAACUUUGUUUUUGUUGAAGGAGAGUAUCAUGGUAGCACUCUUAGUGUGUUGGGGAGAAACUCCGUCUUCUCGGCAGUGAGGGAGAUGCCGAUCGUCGGUGGGAGUGGGAUUUUCCGGUUUGCACGUGGGUAUGCUCUGGCGAGGACUCACACGUUUGAUCUCAAAACUGGGGAUGCCGUGGUGGAGUAUGAUGUCUAUGCAAUGCAUUAUUGAGCAAUUCGCGUACAUGUUCUUGGCUGUUCAUGGUUAAUAAUUU